UUUGAUUUGAUAUGAGGCCCGGGUACCCCCCUCAGUCUUAAACCCGUGGUCACGCUCACACGCACACCAACUGUUUGAUGAAAUGUCAGCUCGAGAUGCUGAUUCGUCAUAUGAUCUAUGGCACCCUUUCCUAGGCAUCUCUCCUCCACUUUACUUGCAGAGCGGCUUUCUUUUGUGGGCUGUAAUUAUCUUUGUCAGCCUUUCGUAUUACUGUUCUGUCACUACCCAUUGUCGGGUGCCCUGAGAAGUGACUCGAGCAAUGGCUGCUCGGUCUGUUUACUCUUCAUCAGUGCCUUCGCUGCCACCACCUUGUCCAAAGUCUCCACCUGAGUACCCGGAUUUGUAUGGGAAGCGUCGGGAAAUAGCCAAGAUUCAUAUGCUUGAAAGAGAAAUUGGUAUUCUUGAGGACGAACUAAAAUCUGUUGAAAGUCUUCAACCCGUCUCUAUAUGCUGCAAAGAGAUUAGCGACUUUGUUACGGUCAACUCAGAUCCAUUGACGCCUACAUGUAGGACAAAACAUAAGCGAUGCCGCUUCUGGAAGUGGUUAUGCGGAUUUCCUUGCUUUAAUUUGUCAUGGCUGUGCUGCUGCUCUUGCACUGGAUGCUCUGUCUCCCUUGAGGUGCCUCGCUGCUGUGUUUGCAAACCAUGCAACUUCCCAUCAUGUUCAAACUGCUGUAAUAAGCCGAAGUGUAGUUUCUUCUCCUGUCCCUCUUCAUUUUGCUGUAGAAACAUCUCGUGCCGUAGACGGUGUUGCAUUUUGUCAUUACCUUCGAUCUCAUGCUCCGAUGGCUGCCGCUGCUGCGAAUGCAAAUGCAGCUGUAAGUGCUCUUUUCCAAAAUGUUCACAGGUACCUUCUUGUCGCUUCUGUACAAAAUCCUGUUGUGACCCCUGCUCUUUAUGUUGUUGGUUUUGACCCCUGCUCGCUUCUGAUAUAAUCAAUGUACAUUAUUAUGAAUAUAUUCUACUUUUUAUUGAUUUUGUCCAUAUUUAUUAGUGGGAAUACGAUUGGUAUGCCUUUUAAAUUAUUUAAGACAA